CAAUUGUAUUAUUCCUUUCUGGUGCUACUCUCACUUCACUUAUUGCUCAAAUGGGUGGCGGAGGAGUUAUGUGGACUGCGGCGAAGAUUGCCGGCAUUCGCGUCUCCAGGUCGGGUCUUCAUGGCUUUCCGGUGGCGCUCCCAACCGAGCAAUCGGUUUGGAACGCGUCGCCAUCCUUGUCGGUCGCUGGCGUGUCGUCGCAGGGAGCGAAGACCGCUGAGGUUGUCCCGGUGCACACGGCGGCAUCGUGGGAUGAGUGGGACUUCGCCGACGACGGCGGUUUGGUUGUGCCGAGGGUGGUGUUCGGUUCUGCCCCCACUUUGGAGGAAGCUAAGGAAGCGACUGCAGACUUGAAGGACGCGAUUGAUCAAGUAUAUUUUUCUCCCGAUUCUUCUUAUUAUUCAUCUCCUGGUUGUGAAGUCUCUGCUCUGUCUCCUACACUUUAUGACACAAUUUCAAAUCCUUCAGCGCCAGAGCCUGCAAUUCGGGCUUUUCAUUUGCUUAGCACAAGUCGUGAGGUUCAGGCUGCUGUAGCUUCAGUUGCUUGUGAUCCAAAUGUAUGGGAUGCAGUCAUGAAAAAUCCUUCUGUCAGGCUCUUACAAGCACAACUAACAGCGGAAACUGAGGAAGUGGAAAAGUUAUCAAGUUGUGCUUCUGAAGUAGUUGAAACACCUGAAAAAAUGGAAGCAUCAUCCAAGUCUCACUCGCGAAACGUGUUUUCCAAUAUCAGUGGUGGUCUGCGGAAUUUAAAGCAUAGAGUGAUUGAAGUGGUAAGGAGGUGUAGGGUGGCUGGUUUCCUUGAGAACAUAUUCUCAUCAUCUGAUACUGAGAAAGAGAAGAUGGAUGCCGAUGGGAACACUAAAACAAAUUUCUUUGAUGAUAUGUAUGCCCUGGGAGGAAUCUUGGUAGGUUUGGUAACGCUGUUGAUGAUGGUGAUAGUGGCCAAGAGAGCUUAGAGACUCUUGGAAUCUUGGUAGGUUUGGUAACGGUGUUGAUAACGGUGUGCACUCUAAAUUCAGCUUGUGCCGAUGUAUAUCCACAUGACUGAUGUGGGCUCAUACUGGACAAUCCAGUCCAUAAUUUAAGAAUAUAUUUCUAAAUUCAGCCCAUAAAUUUAAUUCAAGAUAGCAGGAAAAAUAUUUCGUCCUCAUGCUCUGCAACUUUUCAUAAAUAACUAUUUUUCCCAAUUUCAUGAUUUAUGGUUUGCUA